AUGACGCUUGCCGAGCGCCGUCACCGCGCCCGCCGUCCACCCCGCACGCGCUCGCCCCGCUGCUCGCCUGCACCCACUGCCGCUACACGCCCGCCUCCCACGCGCGCCGUCGCCGCGCUGGUUGCCCCGUUGCCGUGCCUCGCACCCGCCUACUGCCGCACACGUGCACCCGAGCCCCGCCUUGCCCCUGUCGCUGCCAAGCGAGGCCACCGUCGCCUCGCCCCCCUGCUCGCCACGCGCAUCCGCGCCUGCCACUGCCGUGGCCACACCGCGCCCGCGCCAUCCGCGCCCCUGCUCCCCAGCGCGCCCUGGCCUUAUCGGCCCACGCGCCCGCAGCCCCCUCUCGCUCACGGCGCUGCCCCCCCAGUGCUCUCGCGCGCGCAGCCCUCCGUCGGCGCCGCCCUUCACCGGCGCCGCCCGCUGCUUCCCCCUGGCUGCGCGCUCCGGCGCCUGGCACACGCGCCUGCACCACCGGGGCGGGGCCCCGGUUAG